AUGAGGGCCAAUCUCGUUCUCUCUGCUCUUUUCUCCUCUCUUCUACCCGCACUCAUCCACGCUCAAGCUUCCGGAAGUGGUACAACAACCCGUUAUUGGGAUUGCUGUAAAGCAUCCUGCGGUUGGUCCAAGAAAGCUACUCUAGCCACUGGUUCCAACCCGGUCAGUUCCUGCGACAUCUCGAACAACCCACUCACCGAUUACGAUGCUGCCUCUUACUGUGCUUCUUCCUCUGGUACUGCAUUCAUGUGUGGCUCACAAACACCUUGGGCAGUCUCAAAUACACUGAGUUAUGGCUUUGCAGCUACGACGAUCUCAGGUGGAACGGAGGCGAGUUGGUGCUGUGCUUGUUAUCAAUUGACAUUUACUAGCGGACCAGUGGCUGGUAAACAGAUGAUUGUCCAGGCUACCAACACAGGUGGAGAUUUAGGAAGUAACCAAUUCGAUCUUGCUAUUCCCGGUGGUGGGUUCGGUAUCUUCGACGCCUGCACACAUCAAUACCCAUCAACACCCGCAUCAGCGUGGGGUGCCCAAUACGGCGGUCUCUCCAACCGCACCCAAUGCGCCUCACUCCCCGCCGCCCUCCAAGCUGGCUGCUACUGGCGCUUCGAUUGGUUCCUCAACGCCGACAAUCCUGCCAUCACCUUCCAACAAGUCGCAUGUCCCGCUGCGCUCACCGCUAAAAGCGGUUGCGUACGUGCCAACGACGCCAUCAACGAGACCCCCACAGGUCCAAGUGCAGUCCCUACCUGGGCGAGUUCAACCGGCGCGGCUGGCUCUACAUCUUCAACAACUGCGAGCACAAGUAAGAGCACGAGUGUGGGCGCAACGGCCAGUACGAGUUCGACCACCACCAGUGCUGCAAGUGGCGGAACGGGAACGCCCGUCGCGCGUUAUGGACAGUGUGGUGGAACUGGAUGGUCGGGUUCUACAGUUUGCGCCUCGCCUUACACGUGCACGGUUUUGCAUGCUUAUUACUCGCAAUGUGUGUGAGGAUUUCCAGGCUUGGAAGAAAAGGGAAAAGGUGGAUAGUUAUUCGACAAGCGAAUGGAGGGAUGGAUGGCUGGCUGGACAGGAUGUCAACAUUGUACAUAUCGCGAUGGUUCUCUGUACAUAUGGAAGUGGCUUUUCAAUCAUAGUACGAUUUUUGAUGCUGUGACUUCUGGAAUGAAGAAUCGGAUUUUGGUUUCGGCGGGUAUGAACUGAUGCUUUGAAAUGUUGUGAUGGGAAACUUUGUGGUGAAGCUCAUGUGAUC